CUCGGCCGGGCCCCGCCGCCGGCUCCGCUCCCACAGCGCGGCCCAAUCCAGCGCAGCACGGCCCGGCCCGGGGCGCACGGAGCGCCAUGGCCACGGAGGUGCACAGCCUGCAGGAGCUGCGGCGCAGCGCGUCCCUGGCCACCAAGGUCUUUGUGCAGCGGGACUACAGUGAUGGGACCACGUGCCAGUUCCAGACUAAGUUUCCCCCGGAGCUGGAGAGCCGGAUUGAGCGGCAGCUGUUCGAGGAGACCGUGAAAACUCUCAAUGGCUUCUACGCUGAAGCAGAGAAGAUUGGGGGCAGCUCAUACCUGGAGGGGUGCCUGGCCUGUGCCACCGCCUACUUCAUCUUCCUCUGCAUGGAGACGCACUACGAGAAGGUCCUGAAGAAGAUCUCCAAGUACAUCCAGGAGCAGAAUGAGAAGAUCUAUGCGCCACGGGGGCUGCUGCUCACUGACCCCCUGGAACGUGGCAUGAGAGUUAUCGAGAUCUCCAUCUACGAGGACCGGUGCAGCAGCGGCAGCUCCAGCAGUGGCAGCUCCAGCAGCAGUAGCGGCGGCGGGGGGGGGCGGUGACUGGCAGGGGACGGUCCCUGCAGGGACGCGUACUGCCGGGACAGCCGCCUCUCUGAGAUCCGCAGGUUGCACUACCAGAGCACCCGCUUCUGAGAACAGGGUGGGCGGGAGGGGGCCUGGGGGCUAUGUGCCCUCGGUGCCACGUGCCCCCUGCGGUGGCUCUGCCCCUGCCCGGACCCACUGCAGGCAGGGGCCACUGCUGGGGCGUCCCAGGUGCUUCCCACUGAACCAAACCAGUGCCAAAGGGCUCCCGCAGCCCCCCUCCCGCCCUCCCCCAACCCCAGGUGACGGAGCUCGCCCUACAGUGUCCCAGCAGCGCUAAGGACAGGGGGACGUGGCCCCCUGCCCCUGUGCCACUUCAUCUGCAUGAUGGUGCUGUGCGUUCACCCCAUGUGCUGCCCGAAAGGUUCUGGCUGCAUCCUGCUCCCUGCCCUCCCCCGUGCCAUCCCCAGCCAGCUCCCUGUGCCAGGGCAGGGAGUGUAGCUCCUCCUGCCCACACACCCUGCAUGCAUCCUCCCCCUCCUUGCAGCAUGCAGUGCCCCUGUGGUGCUGGGGGGCUGCAGGAGUUGUGUUUCCUGCUUGCACCCUGCCCACGACCCCAAAGGUGCCAGCCCUGCAGAGCUGCCCUGACGCAGCACCCCUGGCUGCAGCACCCCCAUUUGCAAUCUGCAGUGGGGAACCCUGGGGGGGAAGAGACAAGAGGAGGGUCCCUGUGACAUCCAGUACCUGGGAGGGAGGACCCAGCCCUAGAAGAGGGUGGGGAGUGAUCCCAGCUCUAGUGCUCCCUGUGGGGCACCCUACACGGAGACUGAUGGAGACCUUCAAUAAACUUCAU